AUGGCUUCGACUCCCACAGUCGAUGAUGAUGCGCGGAGCCAAAGUCCCGAGGAGUCGACAGUCCUGCUGGCGCACGAAACUGUCCUGGAGGAAGAGUCAACGGAUGGCGCCCCUCGAUAUCCUAUUCCUUCUCGCCGGCUCGCCGCUGUCGAAAUUCCUGCCGUGGUCAAGGAUAUCGACCGCGCCGUCAAGGCCUUUGGUCGAGCCUCUUCAUUGUCCUACGUCUUGGACCCCUUGAGAAGCUCGUUGCCGUUCUACAUGAAUCCCGAGAGCCCCUUUUGUCCCUCCAUCAUGUCCCAUAAUGCGCGGUCGCACAACAUUGUCCUCAAAAUCACCGUUCCCAAGCGGACGGGCCGUAAACGAAAGCGCGGAACCGACGAUCCCUGGCAGGGCGAUGUUGAGAUUGGUGAUGCGCACGCCGCUUCCCCGUCGGCCAACGUCUGUUCCAUCGCACGCCUUGACGAGCCCAAGGUCCUCCGGCGGAAGCUGGCAGACAAUGCCGAUCGCUACCAGGUUGAGGCCGUGGGCGUCAUCAAGCACACGCAUCGCUUUCGAGGCUUGGCCGACUUUUACUGGGACAUGUCCAAGUCCUCCUUCUCCCAGCGAUAUGCGGACCAGGUCUUGCCCGGAGACAUACAACAAAUAAAGGCCUUCAAGUUCAGGCCCGGCACCGAUCAAGGCCCAGACGUGGACAUCAUUCCGCCGCCCCUGUUUACGCACAUGAGCCUGCCUUUCAACUACAAUUUUUCGCAAAAUCCAUACGUCCGUACCACGGAGGACGGCGACACAAUCAACACGACCGCGGUCAAGCAAGUCGGCUACUUCAUCGGUGCGGACGAGCCGGCGCCAACGGGGCCUCAGCUCCCUCCGGACUUGACAGAUCCCAGGACGAUGGAGAUCAUAGCCGAGCUUGAGGAGGCAUUUCAGGAGCGCCCGGUCUGGACCCGACGGUCGCUGACGAAUCACCUAGGCGCCAAGCUUCGAAACUGGAACGAGCUGAAGAGGUGCCUCAACUACACGGCUUAUCAGUUCAAGGGUGGUCCCUGGAGAGAUGGCGUCGUGCCCUAUGGUAUCGAUCCGAGGACGGAUCCAAAGUACCGCGUUUACCAGACGUUAAUGUUCAAGCUGGCCAGGAGGAAUCACCAGGACCGAGUGUGGCACUUCCUCGACAAGUCGCAGGCGGCCCCGAGCAAGGAGGCCGAGCCAGACAACUUGCAAAGCCACGCCUUUGACGGCGAAUCGUACUGCACGGAUGGCAAGGUCUGGCAAGUGUGCGACAUCACGGACCCUCUGUUGAGAGACCUUUUGGACAAUGCGACGAUACGCCCUACGUGGGACGUCAACAGUGGCUGGUACCACGGCGGCUUCUGGGCCAAGGUCAAGGCCAUCAUGAAGACAAAGCUAGUUGCGGUCCGGUUUGGACGGCACCUGACACGGGCAGACUUUGGCCUGACGCUGGGCUGCGGCGACCAGACGCCUCCCAGGACGACGUCGGCGACAUGGCACUUGCCGCUGCCAAAUCUUCGACUCACCGACGAGGAGCUUACGGAGCUACGUGGCCGGGAACCACCGAAAAAGAAGAGCUCGGGCUACAACGUGCGGGUGAGAGAACCAGGCAAGGGCGCCGACGCCAGUGCUGCGGCAGAGCCCUCUCCUGCCCCAGAUGCCCGGGGCGGCGGAGCGGCACCCGGGGACAUGGGGCUCGAGGACGAAGACUCGGGCAGCGGCGGCGAAUACAAUGGCGACGACGACAACUCGGACUACGAGUAUCCCGAUCCGCCGGCAUACAGUGAUCACGAUGGGCAGGACGACGAUAUGGACAGCCGCUACGGCGGGGACGAGGAUAGCUUUGCGUUGAUGGGCGGCGCAAUGUAUCCAGAGCUAGACUAG